GCUGACGUGACCACCGGUGAGUAGCGGGUACGAGCCUUGCGCGCCCUCGAUUUGUCUUGCCCUCUUCGCAGCCAGCUCACCCAUUCAUAUGUAAAUGAGUUAUAUAUUAUAUAUACCAGUGCAUGGCCCCUCGGAGCAGCAGUGAGUAGCCCAGUCCUUCUGCAAGCUUUGUUGGCCGCUGGGAUCGUCCCGGCCAUCUGUCCCAUUGACAAACUGUAACGGCUCUUUGGAUUACACGCCAACCUCCAACCCAGUGGGUGGUUUCUGGCAGCGCCUGGGUUAACUUUUAAACAACAUGGCCCCCAUCCGUAACAACACAGACGACACGGACAGAGGUGAUGACUGCAGCGGAUUCAGGGCUGACAGAAAGAUGAGGAAACCUCUGGUGGAGAAGAAAAGGAGGGCUCGCAUCAAUGAAAGUUUACAAGAACUCAGAGCUCUCAUGGCGGAUGCAGACUUACAAUCAAAGAUGGAGAAUGCCGAAGUGCUGGAGAUGACAGUGAAACGGGUGGAGAGCGUCCUCCUGGACCGGGCUCAAGAGGGGGAGGCCCUGAACAGGGAGGCGUGUGAGCGGUUUGCUGCAGGCUACAUCCAGUGUAUGCAUGACGUGCACACGUUUGUGUCCAGCUGCCCGGGUGUAGACCCAACGGUAGCUUCGGAGCUGUUGAACCACCUCCUGGAGAGCAUGCCCCUGAACGACGAGGACCGCCUCCGGGCGAUGCUGCCGGACACGCUGGCAGAGGGCCCCGGCCAUAACAGCACUUGGUCCCUGUCCGAGAGCAUGGACACGGCCCUGGUGUCCCCGGCCCCCUCCACCUCCUCCAGCGACGACCUCUGCUCCGACCUGGAUGAGACCUACUCAGAGCAGAGUCACGCUUCCUCUUCAGAGGAGGCUGACUGCCAGGACGUGUUGCCUUCCUUGGCUUACUCCAAGUCAAUGUGGAGACCCUGGUAGAGCGUUUCAGACAGAGACAUGGCAUGUUUUAAAACAUGUUUUAAACAUGUUUUAAACACACUAGAGGACUUUAAUGCGUUGAGUUAGGAUGUUUUGUGGGGUAGGCUUCAGUACAUGACGAUAACACUGCUGAGAUGACAACUUUGAAACUUGUUGCAAGGCAUCUGAGAAGCUCUUUGGGUAAUUAGUGGGGGAAUUAAAAUGAAGCUAAACUGUAUUUAAUAAAUACAGUAUGUAAUGAAAUCUGUUUGUCAGAAGUCAGAGACGUGUAGGGUCUUCAUUUGGAAGUGUAUUGGGCUUAUAUGGGCCUGCCUUCAGUGAAGGGGUAAAUGCAUAUGUAAAUAUUUACUUGUUGAAUAUGAAUGAGCUGUAUAGAAGAUAGCUGUCCCUCUAGAAGUGCAUUGUUAGUCGUGUGUAAAUUAUUUUGUAUUUAGGAUGUCUUUAACUUUGUAUUUAUAAGUGUCCAAUGACUUUUAGUAGGCUACCUCAUCUGAUUUGCCUAAGUUUAAACUUUUUAAUAAAUAUCUUU